UUAAGAUGAUGAUACAAGGUUAGGUAUAGACUAAGACUGUAGAGAAAGAAACUCAUUGUUCUCUUCUCUUACAUUUUCUUUGGACCACCCUUACAAACAUCUCUUUCUUCCACUAUACAAAAUUAAAAAUUCCCUCUCUCUCCCUCUCUGUAUAUAUAUUUGGCUUUGAGUUCCCCGAUAGCUUAAACCAUUUCAGCUUCACUGUUUCAUUUUACUCUCUAGCUACUCAGUCAUAUUCCGUCACACUCCUUUCAACGGUUCAGCCCCACGGAUUUUGGAGCUUUUUGGUCUUUGAGUUUGGAGUCCUUGGUCAAGAAAAAGCCCUCCAUGGAUUCUCAGGUCUUGGUGGCUCUGGCUCUCUCACUUGUGGGUGGACUGAGUACUUCAAUCGGUGCACUUUUUGUAGUUCUCAAUGAGGCUCCCAAUUUGAAGAUACUUGGGCUUUUACAGGGUUUUGCUGCAGGUUUGAUGCUAAGCAUAUCAUUCCUAGAUUUGGCUCACAAUGCUAUAAAUUCGAUUGGCUUUUUAAAAGCCAACCUAUGGUUUUUUGGCGGUGUCAUAUUCUUUGGUAUCAUUGCCAAUUUUAUUCCAGAACCAACACUGGCUCCUAGUUCAGAUGUGAGAGGUAAAAAGAAAAGUGGGGAUGAAGGGGGCAAGGACACUUUGAAGAAGCAUCGCCGCCAAGUUCUAUACAGUGGGAUAAUUACAGCAAUAGGCAUAAGUUUACACAACUUUCCAGAAGGAAUGGCCGUGUUCCUUGGAUCAAUGAAGGGUCUUCGUGUUGGUGUCAACUUGGCCUUGGCCAUUGCCUUACACAACAUUCCAGAGGGCGUUGCUGUUGCACUUCCUGUUUACUUUGCAACACAGAGCAAAUGGCAGGCAUUCAAAUUGGCAACACUUUCUGGUUUUGCUGAGCCUUUGGGUGUCAUAAUUGUAGCCUAUCUAUUUCCAAGCAGCUUGAGUCCUGAUAUUCUUGAAGGCUUGCUGGGAGCAGUUGGUGGAGUAAUGGCUUUUCUAACCCUGCAUGAGAUGCUUCCCUUGGCAUUUGAUUAUGCGGGGCAGAAGCAAGCUGUCAAGGCCGUGUUUUUGGGAAUGGCCUUCAUGUCUGCAAGCCUCUACUUUCUCGAAAUCAGCCUACCUCAGGAGAUGAGCUUGUAGCUAUGUUCCAUCAUUCCAUGGAUCUUACCCCACAGUAAUUUACAUUGUUGUACAAGUCUUCUGACUUUAGACCGCCUUCAAUAGAUCAUUUCGUUUCCGCCUGAAGACCUGUAGUGAUUUUAAUCGGCCUUUAAUAGCUCAUCUGGUUUCGGCGCAAAGGAGAAAGUAAUACCCAAGGAUGGUAGUUCAUACUCGAUAUAAAAGAGAUGUACUUAUUUUUCCUUUUAAUAAAUAUGUAAAAUGAAUAGUGUACGGAACU